AUGGGCAUGUUCGUACUUUACUCCUUCCAGGAGGAUGCAUUCUGGCGCGUGGUCCCGGGAACCAGGCGCGCGAAGGAGCUCGAAGACGCCUGGAGGGAGCACCCGCUCUUCGCCAAUUCCAAGGACCCCCUUGAUGGCCUCAUCAACCCCGACGACUAUGAGAAGGGCCUGGAGGAGGCUUGGGAGCGUGCGAAGCCUGCUGGCAGCACAGUGCUUGUGAUCCUACCGCCACUGACGCCUGCUUUCAUCAAGGAGGAUGUUUUGCAGAUGCUGGUGGAGCAUCUGGGAUUUGCCCGAGCUGCGGCAAUCGAGUCAGUCUCUGUGGCCCUGCAAAGUCCAGGCCUGGUCGCGCUCCUCCAGCAGAACCCCUCACCAUGUUGCACGGUCUUGAACGUGGGCUUCUCGUGCUGCUUUGCGCAGCCUUCGAUUGAAGGGUUAGCGGUUGAGUCUGCGGGUCGCCGCUUGAACAUUGGAGGACGGGUCCUGACGAACCUUCUCGUGGAAAGAUUGAAGCUAUGGCAUUUCAAUCUCUCCGAAUCGUGGCUGCUGGUGGAAGACAUCUUGAAGAGGACGGGCGAGGUGUUACGGAAUCUCGAUGCAGCCCUGGACAACGACUUCUCCGGUGUAGCACCGCUGACGUACGUUCUGCCAGACUUUGAGGAGGACAUGACAGGCUUCGUCCAGGACCAGGGAGCUUCUGGUGAACAGGACGCCGAGGAUGCGACCUCUUUCGGGCGGCAGCGUGUGACGCUGACGGCCGAGCGGGUGGUGAUUCCCGAAGCUCUCUUCAGGCCUCAGGACCACGGCCUUCCACUAUGCGGUUUGCCUGAGUUGGUCUACGCUGCGAUUCUGGCGGUUCCAGAGGAGACAUGGCGACCCCAUUUCGGCCGAGUCGUCCUCUGCGGGGGCCUGGCGCGACUGCCUGGGCUCGCAUCGAGGCUGAGGCUUGACCUACGCCAGCUUCUUCCAAGCCAUUGGCCCGUCGAGGUCAUCGUCGAGGAGGAGCCAGAGCUCUCGUUCUGGCGAGGUGCUGCGCAGCAUGCGCUCAACUCGGACGAAGUAUGGGAUGAGGCGCGGCAGCGAUCUGCAGAUACACCAGGAAGGCCUGAUCAGCGUCGGAUGACAUCGGACAGGGGAAGCGCUGGGUCCAAGCUUCCGCAGCUGAGUCGGCGAGACUUGUCCAUUCCGUCGCCAGCUACAGCCAGUGGCACAGGGAUGCCAGGCAUGUCCUUGCCUCACAAGGAGGUCAGAGGCCAGUCAGAUCUGUCGCUUGGUGGUUCGUCCCCACCACGCAAAAAGGGAAAGGGCAAGGGAAAGACCCAUUCCGUGCCACAGGGAGGCGUUUCCAGUGGCCGCAGGAUUUCCACAGCCACCAUUGUGUCGUCGGUUGUAAACAGGCAGCCUGCGCCUGCCUCGGAGUCUCCUCCGCUUCAAGAAGCAAGCGCACAACCAGAACCGCUCGUGGAAACCAGCCCGGUCCAGGCACAUGGCAGCCCCGCGCCGGAAGCAGAAGCUACUGAUGAUCCUGACGCUACUGCGACAGUUGUGGACAGCACAGACGCAAGCAACAAUGAGCAGCCCACCCAAAGCGAGCACGUGGACACAGCUGUGACUGUGCCAUCGGUGGAGUCAACAGAUGGCACAGAGUCUGCAGUCGGCGAAGCGCCCGUGCUAUUGCCGUCUGCAAGCGAGGAUGUGCCUGAUGUGCCCGACUGGCCUCCAGAGUUGCCACCGCCCUCGGACGCGUCCCCUGCAUCCAGCAGUCCUGGGAGCGGACUGGACUUCCCGGAUCUGCCGGCUGACCUUCGUGAAGAGGGUUUCUGGACCUGGACACCCACUCGGAAGAGGCUGAAGCGCAAAGCCCCCGCUUCAGACUACGUGCAGCUGCGCAAAGGAACCGCAGAUUAA